AUGGCCGACCGAUCAACAAAACAAUCGUUUUCGCGUUUCACCUCGGCCUUGGGCAUCACCUCCAACCCCAAUCGCCCAGCCUCGGCUACAGGAGCCGCUCCGUCAUCUUCGUCCACUGCCUCGGAUUUUCUUGCCGGCGCGUCGCACCUAUACUCUUUUGGUAGAGUCAGUGAUGUAUUCAAAUCCCAUUCACAUUUGAGUACACCGAGACCGCAUGACGGGGAGAUCGGUGGAGGGUUCGAUGGAUCUGCUACCAGUAAGUCGCUGGUCAAGGACGUUGAUAGUCAAUUGGCAGCUCUGGCGAUGAGCCCAGAAGGAGACAGAGUGGCGGUCGCCGGUAGAGAGGUUCUCAAGGUUCUUACCGUAUCUUCGAAUGCCUUGAUCGAUACCGUCAACCUUCGCGUCGGCAGUCGUCUGAAUCUCAACUUCUCGUCCAAUGACGUCCAAUGGGGUCUUGCGGCGUCAUCGAAUAUCCUGGCUACGGCGGCAACGAAUGGAUCGGUUGUAAUUUGGGAUCUCGCGAUGCGCGCACCACAGAAGAUUGACCGGGUCAUCUCCGAACACAACCGGGCGGUCAACCGGAUAGCCUUCAACCAAGGCAACGGAAGCUGGAUGCUCAGUGCGUCCCAAGAUGGAAGUAUGAAGCUGUGGGAUCUCAGAGAACGUGGAGGUGCACGUCUUACGAUGCUGGGAAAGAGCGAGGCUGUCCGUGACGUUCGGUUCAACCAUGCAAAUGCGGUCGAGUUUGCUGCAGCAUUUGACAAUGGUACAGUACAAAAAUGGGAUAUACGACAACCCCGAAUGUACGAGAGGAAGCUUUCGGCGCAUAACGGACUGGCAUUAUCCCUCGAUUGGCAUCCUAAUGGCAAAUUCUUGGUUACCGGCGGAAGAGACAAGUUCAUCAAGGUAUGGGACCUGUCAUCAGAUGUGAGGAGACCGAGAAAUAUUAUCACAACGAUGGCACCAGUAGCCCGGGUAGCAUGGCGGCCUGGUGGCGGAAAGAAUAGGAUGGAGAUUGCGAGUUGCGCCUUAGUCAGCGAUAACCGAAUACACGUAUGGGACCUGCGGAGACCGGGAGUCGCAAACCGGGUACUGGAUGAACACGAAAAUGUUGUUGCAGGUCUGCUAUGGAGGGAUGAGAACACUCUAUGGUCAUGUUCAAAGGACAGAACAUUUCGACAAUACGAUGUUCUCAUGGCUCCUCAACCCGUGGAUUCACUAAGUCAUGUAGCAUUUGGCUGGUCACCGCUGAACGAGUUCGGCUUCUGCAUCGGCUCUCGACCAAAGAAGGUCUUCAAAAUGUCACGGGCAGGGUCCAUAGCGGGAACCGAACCUGGAGCCGAUGAACCGCUGGUACCAAGGCAAGCGACAGGCAUGAUGCAUCUUCCAGGAAACGAGACGGAAGCAUUCAUCUAUCUUGCAAAGCACUACAUCACCUCCACCACAACCUUCACCAUUCCGGAGGCAUGCGAGCAUAACGCGCAAGCAGCAUAUCGAGUUCAGAAAUAUCGGACCAGUCAGACCUGGAAGAUGAUCGGGCAAGCUGUCGAAUGGGAGGAACGUACGGAAAGAGCGCGUAUCGCCGAUGAAGCCAAUGCACGAGCCACACUGGAGGACGCACGGCAAAUGGGAGAGAAUGCAAGACAGUCAAAACCGCGACACCCCCACCUCGAAGCUGUGAGGAAGAACUCCGGCUGGGAAACACCAGAAUCGCAAACAACAGCCAGACCGAGCCCCCAUGAACCAAUACGUAUUCUCGGGACAAAGGGUGGAGAGUUGAGGAAACCCUGGGCACCAAGUAGUCUGAUUCACAAGGUAACUGAGUACUACGCGGAACAAGCGGACGUGCAAAUGUGCUCGUCAAUUGCGUUGCUGCUCGGUGAACGCGUCGAUAUUCCCGAUACAAGACUUGAAGAAUGGCAGCUUGGAUAUAUCGAGUUACUGCAGAGAUACCGCCUGUUCGUGACAGUGGCAGAAGUCAUCAACGCGACGAAGAACGAGAACGUCCGCGCUCCUGGGCUUACAGAGACGCAGUUGCACACCGGUUGCCAUCGCUGCUUGAAGCCUCUACUGAACGAGCGUACGCGUGCUGGGUAUUGGUACUGCGAGCGUUGUGCGCGAACGCUGGACGGGUGUACAAUAUGCCGGAUACCUGUUAAAGGGCAGUGGACCCUCUGUCAGAGUUGUGGUCAUGGAGGCCAUUAUCACUGCAUGAGUGAAUGGUUCAAGGACGAGGGGAUGUGUCCAAGUGAAGGAUGUGGACAUCGUUGUCUGCAUAAGUAA